AUGGGCUAUGAUGUGGGCUAUGCUAUGGACUAUGAUAUGGGUAAAGAUAUGGGUAAUGAUAUGGGCUAUAAUGUGGGCUAUGAUGUGGGCUAUGAUAUGGGCUAUGAUAUGGGCUAUGCUGUAAGCUAUGAUGUGGGCUAUGAUAUGGGCUAUGCUGUGAGCUAUGAUGUGGGCUAUGAUAUGGGCUAUACUGUGAGCUAUUAUGUGGGCUAUGAUGUGGGCUAUGAUGUGGGCUAUGGUGUGAGCUAUUAUGUGGGCUAUGAUGUGGGCUAUGCUGUGAGCUAUGAUGUGAGCUAUGAUGUGGCUAUGAUCUAUGCUGUGAGCUAUGAUGUGGGCUAUGAUAUGGGCUAUGCUGUGAGCUAUUAUGUGGGCUAUGAUGUGGGCUAUGCUGUGAGCUAUUAUGUGGGCUAUGAUGUGGGCUAUGAUGUGAGCUAUGAUGUGGGCUAUGAUAUGGGCUAUGCUGUGAGCUAUGAUGUGGGCUAUGAUGUGGGCUAUGAUGUGGGCUAUGAUAUGGGCUAUGCUGUGAGCUAUGAUGUGGCUAUGAUGUGGGCUAUGCUGUGA